UGUCCCGCACAGCUGAGACGGGGAGGUCGCGCACGCUCACGCACACGGCGAUCGGCCGCUCGUGCGCGCAGCAGCAGGAACUCGGUCGCGGGGAGUCCGUCGGUCCUCUCCUCCCCGCGCGCGAUGUUCUGCGUCUCCGCUGGUUUUCCGCCGAACACCGACGCGUCUCCGCGGCGUGCCCGCCGACACUGAGGAAGCCCAGAUGCUCGCCCUGUCCGCCGACAUGAUGGACGAGUCCUCGUCGCUGCUGGAUCUGCUGGAGUGCUCGGUGUGCCUGGAGCGCCUGGACACCACGGCCAAGGUGCUGCCGUGCCAGCACACCUUCUGCCGCCGCUGCCUGGAGAACAUCGUCAGCUCCCGGAACGAGCUCCGCUGUCCGGAGUGUCGCAUCCUGGUAGACUGCGGGGUGGACGACCUGCCGGCCAACAUCCUGCUGGUGCGCCUCCUGGACGGGAUCAAGCAGCGGCCGCAGCGAGGAGGAGGAGGAGGAGGAGGACGGCAGUCUGUGGCAGGAGGUUCGCUGCAGGGGUACGCGUCCGGGAUCUCCGCUUCUCCCCCGAGCAGCGCGAUCAGAGAGCUGCCCGUGUCCACCAGGAGCUCCCCUGUCAAGAAUGUCCCAGCGCUGCCUUGCGGUAAAGCCCUCUACUCCUACGAGGGCAAGGAGCCAGGCGAUCUCCAGUUCUCCAAGGGUGAUAUCAUAAUCCUGCGACGCAAGGUAGAUGACAACUGGUACCACGGUGAGCUCAACGGUUGCCAUGGUUUCUUGCCUGCCAGUUACAUCCAGUUGCUGCGCCCAUUGAGCCAGACUCCACCCCAGGGAAAGGCGCUGUACGAUUUUGAGGUCAAAGACAAAGAUCAAGACAAAGACUGUCUGGCCUUCAGCAAGGAUGAGGUGCUAACAGUAAUCAGGCGAGUGGAUGAGAACUGGGCAGAAGGCAUGCUGGGAGACAAGAUUGGCAUUUUUCCCAUUCUCUAUGUGGAGUUAAAUGAAACAGCCAAGCAGUUGAUGGAGAUCGACAAGCCGACGUCCACUAAUGUGCCUGGACCAAGUUCUGAGCCAGUUCCUUUGGGUUCCUGCUCUCCUGGCCCCUCCCCCAGCGCAUCUCUGUCCAACGGCAAUGGUUCAGGCCAUCGGAGAGGUGAGGGCAAGAAAAAUGCAAAGAAGCGGCAUUCGUUUACAGCGCUGUCUGUCACCCAGAGGGCUGCCCAGCUUAACAACAGACACAGCAUGGAGAUCUCCCAGCCGGUCCUCAUCAGUUCGUCUGACCCCAGAGCCGCUGCACGCAUCCAGGAUGCAUCGCCCCCUGGUCCUUCUCCCUCAUCGGCGGGGGUGACUGUUGCCUCCAAAGUGGCUUCAUUAACCUCUGAGCUGCUGGCCCCUGCCAAAGUGCAGCUACCACUCAACAUAUACCUGGCUCUCUACGCCUACAAGCCCCAGAAGGCUGAUGAGUUGGAGCUGAGGAAAGGCGAGAUGUAUCGAGUGACAGAGAAGUGUCAGGAUGGAUGGUUCAAAGGCACCUCACUCCGAACUGCCGCCUCUGGUGUCUUCCCAGGGAACUAUGUCACCCCUGUGUCCAGGGCUCCUUUUGGAGUGGGUGCUCCUCGGGGCUGCUGUAUGUCUAGUCCAGGAGGAGGAGGAGGAGGGUGCACCCAGGUGGGUUCAAAAAUCUCCGACCCUUCAUCCCCAGGAUCUCCAGGACCCUCAUCGCCCCGUCCUUCCACCCCAAUGGUAACCUCUGCUAACCCCGUGAACGGUGUUAGCCCCGCCUCCUCGCCGCAAAGCGCCGCAGCCCAGCUGAAGAACUGUCUGCGUUCCAACCAGCAUUCGGUUAACCAAGCACGCACCACGAUGCAGCUCGUCCACAGUCCCCCUGCUGGAAGUCCAGAGCGCCCUACAGUGGCUGUCUCACCGUUACGCCCUCAGAGUUCCUCUCCAUCACGCUGCCCCAGCCAGUCGGGUCGCCCACUGUCCAUGGUGUCUCCAGGCUCCAGUUUAGGACCCUCACCCCUCUCCUCACCUGCCUCAAGGCCCCUCUUACCCACCUCCUCACCUCUCUCCUGCCUCACACCUCCCAAUGUGUCAGCAGUGCUCCUCAAUGGGGAAUCAGUCAGCCCCCUGCAACCUCCAUCGCCAGGCCCCUCCCACGGCUCCACCCAGGGUGCCCUUGCCCCCAAAGUGGAGAAGAAGGAAAGAAAAGCUGGAGGCUUGUUAAAGCUCCUGUCAGGAGCAGCAGCCAAAAAGAAACCUCGCUCACCACCAUCCUCGCCACCAACCCAUGAUCCUUCUUUGGCUGGCUCAGCAACGGACCCUGCCCAUCAUCCGCACCAUCACCACCACCACCACCACCCCCGCUCAGGUUCCUGUCCAAUGGUAUCACAGGGGCGGGCUGGUUCCUGUCCAAUUGAAAGUGAAAUGGCGGGGGCUAUUGGACUUGAGCCACUGCACAGGAAAUCCGGGUCUCUGGAUACUAAUUUCCCCAGGUCGCCCCCAGCAACACGCACUGGCAAUGUUCUGAUGGUCCUCCGGCCUGAACCCAAACCCCUGUCUAGAGAAAGGUACCGUGUGGUGGUGCCCUACCCUCCACAGAGCGAGGCGGAGAUCGAGCUGAGGGAGGGCGAUGUGGUGUUUGUCCACAAAAAGAGAGACGACGGCUGGUACAAAGGCACCCUGCAGAGGACAGGACAGACUGGCCUCUUCCCCAGCAGCUUCGUGGAGAGCUUCUGAACAGGGAGGAGAAGGCAGGAACAGUUUCUGUUUCAGAUUCAAACAAACUUCUGCUUUGUUAUUUUUAUACACAGACACACAAUACAUGGACUGACCUUGGGUUUUUUUCUCCACAUAUUAAAGCAGGAGAUAAUAUUUGAAGAUAUCAACUACUGGCACAAAGCUGAUCAUUCAGAAACUUGCUUCGGUCACAUGUAGAGAGAAGCGAGCCGGUGCUUCAACCAGCCACUCAGGAAGCAGGGCAGCUUCGACCCUUCGCCAGAGUCUUUGUCUCCACCAUUGGCGUUCAAGUCAGCUACUGAAGGUGCACACGCAGACGCAGAAAGACAAAAUCCACUUCCCAUUUUCUCCUCUUUGGCAUCAUCCACCAGCAACCAUGAGCACAAAAAGCAUCGCGCUGUGUUUCAGUGAAACGUGACCACUGGAUUUCUUUGAAAAUUUAACGUCAGGUGCUGAGAAAAGAGUGUAAGCCGACACUCCAGGUUUCAUUCGCAUGUCUAGUUUGUGACAACAAAAAAAUAAAUAAAUCACUCGCCUUUUUUUUCAUGGCAAUAUAUGUUCAUGUCGGUGCAUGUAGCAGCUCUUUUGCUUUGAUGUGUUAUUACUGUACGUUGAACUUAAUGUUUUGUCCCAAACAAGACAUGCUGUGACGACGUCUUACAGGUAGCUUUUUUCGUUUCCACCAACUGAUAAAAGAAGUUUUAAUUUCCAGUGUAAAAAAACUCAAAUAUUAAUGAAGCAAGUUGAUAUCAUGUUUAUAUUUAUAUAUUUUACAGAAUUGUAUUGAGCUUUUUUAUUGUUAUUAUUUAAAUAUGAAUCUAAUAGUCCUCCCACAUCUUACAGCAGGGCUCAAACUGACUAUCUGACAAAAUGUAGAGAGAAGAAAACAGUUUCAUGGUACACUGUUAAAAAAAUAAAUAAAUAAAUGAAAUAUGUUGUUUCUACAGGAGAAAAAAGCAGCUAUAGUUUCCAGAGAAAUUGUAUUAAAAAUACAGUCGAGAUAUGUAAAUACCCUUCCAGAAAAUACUGUAAAUUGUACACUAUAAUACUGUUGUCAUUUUCAAGAAAUGAAUAAAAGGAGAAUGGGGUAUGUGCAGUCUUGAAUUAGGGGUAUUCUGUUGAGGAAGCAAGCACAUUAUCUGCUUGUGCCAUCAUUCUGUCGCACAGUGUGAAUUAGUCUAAAAAUGUAACUGAACUGCAGAAUCCAUUUCAUCCUAUCGGUAUUCAGCCUACUUAAUUCUACACAGAUGUGGAUUUUUUUUUUGUUUUU